CGUUGACUAACCAAGCCGACCUCUGAACUCUGCUGUAGAUACCUGGUUUUCAGAAUAUGUUUUCUUCCGCCCAGUCUUGGACGUGUUGUGUUCCCGUGAGCUGGUAGCAACAGACAGGGGCUCAUUUAACCCAGGGUCUCAUGUUCCGGUGCAGCGCCAACUGCUGUGAGGACAGCCAGGCAUCUAUGCAGCAGGUGCACCAAUGCAUCGAACGCUGCCAUGCACCUUUGGCUCAAGCCCAGGCCUUGGUGACCAGUGAGCUGGAAAGGUUCCAGGACCGUCUGGCCCGAUGCACCAUGCAUUGCAAUGACAAAGCCAAAGACUCCAUAGAUGCAGGAAAUAAAGAGCAGCAGGUGAAGCGACAGCUGGACAGCUGUGUGGCCAAGUGUGUGGAUGACCACAUGCACCUUAUCCCAACAAUGACCAAAAAGAUGAAGGAGUCGCUGUCAUCCAUCGGGAAAUAAAAUUGUUUGCCAGUGACCAUGGGUCUGAGGGCACGCUAUUUAGAAGGAAGAAUGGAAGUUUAAUCUGUUAAGCAAGUUUAUGAAUGAGGAAAACUCAGGACACAGCAAGUUCCAGGCAAAUACUGCUCACCUCUGGACACCAGUUCCUUUGCAUCUGAAUCUUAGAAGGUGAAGUGGAAAGAAGCUGGUGCUGAAAUUUGGAUGACAUAUAGAACAGGAGAAUUCUAGAUCCUAAAUUUUUGUGUGCAGGUGCUUGUUCUGGCAGUAGAGAUUGCCCUUUUACCAAGGGCUCAGGUUCUCACUACAUAGACAUCUGAGCUUCCUUCAACCUGCUGGUAAAGUUUGAGGAAAGGUGUGUUUGUUGCCAAGCUCCUGUUUCCCACAAGUGUCUCCACACCUUGCAUGUGCUUUGAAACAACACCCAGUUUAGAGGGAGGAAAAGGGUCCCUUUGUCUUAUAUGCAAGGGCACAAAGUGGAUUUAAGAUACAGGAGGGAGAGUAAUUUGAAUAACUUCUGAAGGCUCCUUGUACUUUUUGGCCAUCAAGAUGGGAAGGUCCACUUAUUCAAAUUCUGUCAUUCUGGAAGCCCCUAAAGGAGGGCAGUAUCACACUGUGCAUAGGAAACAGCUUCCUUCUCUGACUUCUAUGCAAAGUGACACAUUCCCAUGAAGAACAAAGGGAUUUGAUUGUCACUCACAUACCAUUAGCUGAGAGUAAAGAGUCAAAUGGGAACUGUUGAGAUGUACUAGGUUUGGGGAAACCUAAAUUUUACAAGGUGAAAGUCCAAAUCCAGUAUUACUCCCUCUGCUCCCUGAAUUCACAGAGCCUUUUGGAGGUAAUCCUCUAGCAACAAUGAGACCUAAAACCAAGCAAUUUGGGCCAAGGAAAACUAGGACCACUAUAGAGCAAGACAGGCACACACCUUACCAAAUGCCAUUUUUGCCUGGGGUUUUGCAGUGCAGUGUUGCUGCCCCAACAUGGCACUUUAUCUUUUGGAUAAGUACUGUGUUGUAUUUAUACCAAUUAAUUACUUGAAACAGUGAUAAUACUUGUCGGUUUGCUGUCAAGCCUGCAAUAUAUUUUCCAAGUGGUUUUGUUUUUAAAUAAAGUUUCAUUGUCUCCAA